AUGUCGAACCGAGUUGGGUUGACGAUUAUUGCGUGCAGCCUUGGUGUCGUGUUCUUCGUCGCCUGUCGCUCGGCAUUAAAUUCGUUGGAAAAUGAUGAACCGAACGUGCUUGCGGGUUUUGAGUACGAUCCGAACGACAAUCGAUACCUAGAAGCUACCAUUGGGUCUACAUGCAAAGAGGUGGCAGUAAACUGGCAAAACGUCCAUCUAUCCGGGCCCAUGAAGCACAAGACGCGGAAACCGAGCGAAAAGUUGCUGCCCGAUUUCAGCCUCUAUGGAAGGGUUGCUGUCUAUCCAGAUAACAAAAUGGAAACCCUACGCACGGAUCGACUGUUUUGGGACGAUAUUGACACUCGGAUUGGGUUGAGCCGGAGGGAGGCGUUGGCCAAAAAUGAUCAUGGCGGAUUUGGGGAAGCGGCGUUCGAGGCUUUUGACCAAUAUCGGCAUUAUAUCAAUGGCAAGCGUGGAGGGGUUAUUAAUGCGCCGACAUCUUGGGUCGAAGCAGCAGCUUUCCAGCACGGCGCGGCUUCGAUGAUGUCGAUUGGGUACCGGCAAGUGGAAAUCCAGUCAGCCAACAACCUGACCUUCAUGCACCCGCUGGACAUUUGCAAGCAGCAGCGAGACACGGUGAAUUCGCUCGAUUUCGCUGCGGCUUUCACAACAAUUGAGAGGAGCGGCCUUGGCAGGUUCAACGAGGCCCUCGACCCGUGGGGCGAUUUGCGUAUGAUGGCCAUGGUGCGGUGUCUGCUCAAAUUUGACGGAAUUUUUGUCCUCGGUGUGCCGUUGGGCGAAGACGCGUUGUUCUGGAAUUCUCACCGAACCUACGGAUCGUUGAGGUUGUCCUGGCUAGUUAGAGGCUACAAACUCCUCGGGCUCUUACGAAAAUGCCAAGGCCGCGACAUUCACGAAUUUGCCGAGAAGGUGCACGACGCACUAAUGCAUCGAAUCUCAUUUGUGAAUCGUGAUCCCGAUAUCAAACUGCAUGUUCUGCCUCAAGCCGAUUUCUGUGAUCUGGGCAGCAACCUGGAGCAGUACGAGGUCAUCUACUGGGGCUAUUUGAAAAGGCGGGAGUACCAAAGGAAAUUGUCGCAAAGGUCUUGCGACACU